AUGGGCAGACAGUGCUCUGGCAUGCGGCCACCAAAUGCGAUGCCCACUGCAUGGCAAGGCUCCUGGAACAUGGCGGUAGCGCUUGUGCGGCUGGACAAGAUUUGGACUGAUUCUCCAGUGUUAGUUGCAGCUCGAGCGCGAAAGCUGCAGGUGGUUCGCUUACUUCUGCUGAAUGAUUUAGUUGAAACUGGGGCUGAGAACGAGGAGGUCGUGUCAGCUCAGCUGAUUGACAAGGCGGCCGAGUUGACCUCCAAGGAGGUGCGUGAACUGAUCAGCCGUGGGGCCAAUCCCAACUUCAGGAAUGAUCGUGGCUGGACACCGCUGACCGCUGCUGUGUUUUGGAACAAUCAUGACUAUGUGGAAUGCUUGGUCAGGCUUCCUCACAAGACCGCCCGUUCUGUCCUCCAGGCUGACCUGCCUGACAGCCGUGGACGAACAGCACUUCAUGUGGCUGCCCGCAAGGGCUUGUCGGAUUUGGUCCCUUUAAUCCUUGGAGCGCGAGCUAACCAAGAUGCCAGGGAUGGAGAUGGCUGGACUGCUUUGCACCAUGCGGUGUUCAAUGGUCACACCGAAACCGUUCUGAAGUUGUUGGAUGGAGCUGCAGAUCCCAGGGUGUACCCGGCUGAUUUGAGAUGCCUUGCACGCUUCUGUGUCCUGCCUCGAGAUUUCAUGGCGCAAUAUUUGGCCAAGUUCUUGGACCUGCACGCCCCGUCGAUGUCGCGAGGCGUCCGUGGUUUCUCAGCGAAUCCGCGGCCAGAGCCCCAAGCUGAAGCAGCUCGCGAAGCUCCGACUUUGAAUUUGGAGGAAUUGGAAGAGGAGACCUUUGAGGAGCCAUGGCAGAAGCAGUUUGCUGGAAUGAGCUUGGAACAGUUCCAGCAACUUUUCAAUAGUCUUAGCCAGGAACAAAAGGAUCAACUGGCCACCCAUGGCUUUCAACCUGACAUGGCGACGGCAGACGCCCCUCACAUUGCGACGUUGUGCAGGUACGUAGAAUUGAAGGGCGAUGCAUCGAGUAUGCAUCCACGCAACGUUUGGAGAAUAUCUCAGGGACUUCGAGGGCAAGCUCCGAUCAAGUUUGCCAAUGACCCCUGUUGCCGGGUACGACAUGCAGAGCCAGAGUCUCCAAUCCAUGUCUUGAGUGAAUGUGGUGAUGCCCGUUGCGGAGCGCACCGCCUAAAUUACCCAGAAGUACGACAGAGGUUCAGGACCUUCAUCACUCGCACAAUUCGGAAGUCAAAGAAGGACGUUGCCUGGUGGAGGGAUGGACUGCGGUACGCCUCCCUGGGAAGUGGACAUUUGCUGUGGGACUGUGAAAUCUUGGAGCGGAUUCGCGCCGAAGGAGUCGAAAUCCAGCAGAUUUGUUUGAUUGACACAGCUUAUGCUUCUCCGGACGAUGUCACCCUUCUGGUGCUACAGACCUUUGCUGAUUGGCAGGCUGCUGUGGCGGAGCUGUCUGACGAGCCGGCGCCACAAGUGCUUGCAUUUCCAAGCGUGCAAGCAUACGAAGAGCAUUGUGCAGAAGGUGGGCUCGCAGCUGGUUGCAAUCUCUUCAUGCAUUGUGAUGCGGCGUGGCAGGGUUCAGAUGAGGAAUGCCGACAGUUGGCCGAGAAGGUGUUGGUAUCCACAGGUCUCCUAGCUCGAUUGAACAACCUGGGUGGCAAGAAGGUGCCAGAAGAAAUGCUGCAGAAAGGGCCACAGAUGCUGCGCAAAUACUGGCAGGUUCAGCAGGAGCACAGUGAAGAGCCUUUCUCAGCUGGUGCUUGGCUUUCACACGGCGACGGCGACUUGGAACCCCUGCAGGACUACCUCUUGGGUGCUGAUCCUGAUGAAAAGGCUAUGCGACAGCUGGAAACAGACCAUCGCUUCAAACAAGCGGAGCGCGCACGUGCAGAGGAUAUUGGCCUUGAAGUGUGGCGAGUGAAAUCGCUGGACCCCGUCAAGAGCCGCCUCUUGCCUUCCAGCGAGGGCCAGCAGUUCGGAGAAUUCUCAGCCGGGGAGGUUCUCAUCGCAGCAGAAAGGAAUGGCGAUUGGAUCAGAGUCGCUAGCACCAGCGACCUGUGGGGAGUGGAAUACUCCGCCGAAGCCAAGAUGUCAGUGGCUGCGGUGCCACACACAAAUCCUGGGCUGCAGUCCCAGCCAUCGGAUGAUUCCAGCGUUUGGGUACCUAUUGACGGGAGCUGUCUGGACAUGCCAUCCAGUGGGCGCUUUCUUGAGCAGAUCUAUGUGCCACCAGGGAGAGAUCCCUGGAUUCCAGGAGCAGGUUUUUUGGACCUGGAGUGUGAAAACCUGGCAGUCAGCCAUGGCUCUGUCACCUUAAAGGCUCGGCGAAGUCGACGGUCGCCCGGCGAGUGGUCGGCAGAGUUUUUGCGCUGCCCGGCGGCCGCCAGCUGGCGAUCGCCUGGAUCGACGCGUCAGCGGCAAAAGGAGCGACUGCAUUGGCGUGCCGUGCUGCACGAAUCUUGUGGCCAGAAUCGAAAGGCCGUGCUUGCGGCUUUGAGACCUGAGGAACGCGCCAGGCUUCGGGAGUUCCAGAAGAGGGAGCAGCUGCGGUGGCAGGCCCUGGCCGCGGAGCUAUCGCAGAUGAAAGGCUUUGCGAGGAGAGAGCGACUAGCGCAACUCAGCAUUGAAGAUCGUGCCAACUUCCAGCAGUGGUUGUUGGAACAGAAGGUCAGUCAAAAGCAGAAGGAACCCAAGAACAGAUGA